CCAGCUGGCCAUUGGCCCCCUCAACGCCCUGCUCGCCUCUCGCUCAUCGCUCAGGGGCGGGUCAGCCGCAAUAAUGUGGAUCUGGACGGGGCACCGUGUUAGCCUGAUGGAGACAAUAACGCUGGCUGGGCCCAACAGCCUGGGGACGGGCGAGAAAGGGGGGCGGCGGUAUAAGACCCAGGUCCCCGGGAAUUCCGGCCUGGGUCUGUCUUGCUCUCUUCCGUUUGGUACGGGCCGAGGAGUUGGAACCGUCGUCACUCAUUUUUGUUGUUGUUUGUGGUUUCUGCUGGACGUUUCUGUCCCUGCCAGUCGCUCACCGGUGUCGUUUAUCGCACCAGCCACUCAUUCCCGAUCACUGAUCACUGAUCACAUAAUAUCACGCCUUCACAAUGGCACCCACGCUCUUUGCUCUGGCGGCGGCCCUCGUGCCGGCCGCCGCGGUGCUGGCGCUCGCGCCGGCGCUGCCCUCUGACGUCUACAGCAACAAGAUGGUCCAGCUCGACGGCCUCAUCCGGUACCCCGUGGUGGCCCUCGAGGGCGGCUCCCUCGUCGGCAAGCACACCAAGAACCGCAAGAGGCAGACGACCAUCGACAGCUUCGCCGGCCAGUCGGGCACCCUGUACACCAUCAGCCUGGUCCUUGGCACGCCCGGCCAGUCGGUGCCCGUGCAGUUCGACACGGGCUCGUCCGAGCUCUGGGUCAACCCGACGUGCUCCCAGUCGACCGACCCGGCCUACUGCGCCGUCCAGCCGCGCUUCACCUUCUCGACCUCGCUGGUCGACUACGGCGUGCAGGGCUCCGUCACGUACGGCACCGGCUACGCGAAUUUCGAGUACGUCGGCGACUUUGUGCGCAUCGGCCCCGCCACCAUCAACCAGCAGAUCUUCGGCGCCGCCUACAGCACCGCGCAUGCCGUCGUCGGCAUCAUGGGCGCCGGCCCCGACCUGUUCGGCUGGGCCAGCCCGUACCCCUUCGUCAUCGACUCGCUGGCCACGCAGGGCAUCACCAACAGCCGCGCCUUCAGCAUGGACCUGCGCGGCUUCGACACGGACCGCGGCUCCGUCAUCUUUGGGGGCAUCGACACCAAGAAGUACAUCGGGAGCCUGGAAAAGCUGCCCAUCGUCCCCGCGGCGCAGUCGCCCGACGGCUUGACGCGCUUCUACGUUUACCUCAACGCCAUCUCGGUGACGCAGGCCGACGGCACCGUCGUCAGCGUCUACACGACGCCGUCGGGCGGCAACGGGCUGGCCGUGCUGCUCGACAGCGGCUACACGCUCAGCGCGCUGCCGACGGCCAUCUUCAACAAGCUCGUCGCGGCGUUCCCGUCGGCCGUGUACGUGCCCAGCGCCGACCUGUACACGGUCGACUGCAAGGACCCUGGCGAGGGCGGCUCUAUCGAGUUCACCUUCGCUGGCAAGACCAUCAGCGUGCGAUACUACGACUUCAUCUGGCACUACCCCGGCCUCGUCAACGUGUGCGUGCUGGGCGCCUUCGAGGACAGCUUUGCCGUGCUCGGCGACACCUUCCUGCGCGCCGCCUAUGUCGUCUACGAUUGGGACAACCGCAAUAUCCACCUCGCGCAGGCCGAGGACUGCGGCACCGACCUAGUUGCCAUUGGCAAGGGCGCCGCCGCCGUGCCGUCAAUCGUGGGUGGCUGCGGGGCUCCCACGUCGUCGGCACCGCCGUCGUCCUCGACCGCCCCGCCGUCCUCGUCUGCCCCGCCGUCGAGCUCGGUGCCAGUUUCCAGCUCUGCUCCCGUCUCGAGCUCGGCCCCGCCGUCUAGCUCUGUGCCGGUUUCCAGCUCCGCGCCACCCUCGAGCUCGGCCCCGCCGUCUAGCUCUGUGCCAACGGCGGCUGCGGCCACGUCGAGUGUCGUGACGGCUGCGGCUGCGCGUGGUGUGGCGUCGGUUGCGGGAGCGGUAGGGGCGCUGGUUGUCGCGGGUGUUUUGGCGGUUUUGUAGAGAGAGAGUUAGCUGAUGUGUUUAUAAUUCUGGAUUUGAGGAAGAGGGGGUGGUUUGGUUUAGGUUAGCGGUUGUAGUAAAUUCUAAUGACACGAGAUCAUAUGUUGGUUAA